AUAGUGAGAAAUAAUUCCCGCAACCGGCAGCAUGGGAAGGAGCGAAAAAUCAAAAUCUCUUUCUUCACGCUUCUGGCGCGCAUACGAUGAGCCAAUUGCGAGAACAGUCCCCUCCCUCCUUCCUAUUUAUGGCAUUCCAGCAGCCGCUCCCUCUACGGACUCUCCCCAGGGCUCCAAAAUGGAAAGUUGAUGGGAAAGUAAAGAUCAAAGAACACGAAAUUUGGAGUCCUUUUCUCCAAUCCGAUCGAUUCCUUCUCGGACAAGAAAUGGAGCCAAGGAGGAGAAAAGAUUGGGGCUUUUGCGAGGUUUAAUGGGCGGGGGAGGAGCUAUCCCUAGCGGCGAUCUUAUAUCCGGGUUGUGAGGUGGCAAGCGGCGGUGUAGGCGAGAAGCGUGUUGGUCUGAGGCUUUUGGAGGGGGUUUGAGCGUGUUGGUCUGAGGCUUUUGGGGGGUUUUCUCGGGAAAGAAGGUGGAGAACAGAUAAAGGAGGAGAAAAGCAGGGUUCUUGUCGGGUUUAGGGGAGAGAAAAGUUGCGUUUCGGGAGGAAAGCUGGAAGAGCAGGAUUUUUGGGAGUUUUUAAGAGAGAGAGAGAGGGCGAAUCAGAGAAAAGUUGGGUUUUGGGUCUUCCUUGGGUUUAGGAGAAAAGGAGCAGAAUAGUGAAACUUUCGUCAGGUUUAAAGAGGGAGACGAGGAGCCAAAGAAAAGUCGGGAUUUUGGGGCGCUUUCUAGGGACAAGAGCCAUCGUUUUUUGAUCGGUUUUUCAGACAAAGAAGAGAGAAAAGGAGUAGAAAAGAAGUGAUUUUGUGUGGUUUAGGGGAGGGAGAAGGAGAAGUAGCAGAAAAAAAUUGAACUUUUUGGGCGUCUUUUGUGGUGAAGAGAGAAGGAGAGUGGAGUGCACAAGAGAAGGAAGGAAAGAAGAUGGGUGGUAUUAAGCAUCAGCAAGCUUGCAUUGAGUGCACCAAAAAGUGUUUGAAGACCCACGGAAAGAUGCCCACACCUGCUUCUAAUUCUACCCCACUAUCCUUCUUCAAGAUCAUGGUUGGUGAUUUCAGAGAAGUCUUGUUCAUACCACCUACAUUUGAUCUUUUAGAUGAAUUGAUCAAUCAUAACAUAUAUCUUGAAGAUUCAGAUGGAAAUUCUUCAAGGGUCAAAUUAUCUGUGAAAGAUGGCUCUUUAGUAUUUCAAGAAGGAUGGCGUGAAUUUGUGUUGGACCACUCUAUAGAAGUUGGAGAGUUUGUCGUAUUUAAACAUGUUGGUGAAUUAUCAUUUUCUGUUCAAAUCUUUGGUGUGAGCGCAUGUGAAAGAGUAUGCUUUCAUGAUAAAAACAAGACCAGUCUCCGGAAGAAGAACAGAAACAAGACUGAUUUAUCCCCUGAAGAGUUGCAGUUGCCAAAAAGAUGUAAAAAUUCUGAUGAUCUGAAAGAUAAAUGCCACUUUGUCAAUGAAGAUUCACCAAAUAGAGAGCCAGAAUCAAAAGAUGAUCUUUCUGACUUGCCUGAUAUUGAAUUUAUAGGAAGUAACUGUGCUGAAAAAGAUGAAAAUGAAUCAGAGAAAUCUCCUUAUUGUCUCGGUAAUUCUGGAGGGACACAAACCGAGAUGGCCUUGGGCUUUACCAAACAAUCAUGUGACAAGAUUGAUGAAGUUGCUAUGAGGUUACAGGAGGAAGGCAGCAGUGCUCCUAUGGGUGGUCCACAGGCACAUGGUGUGGGUCAUAAAGAUUCAAUGCAUGAGCAGGAAACAAGGACAAUCCCUUCCAUCAAUGAACUGGAUCCUAAAGCUGUGGAAACUGAUGCCAAUUCCGAUGACGCAGAGAUAGCAGUGCUUAAUCGAGAAAAAAUAUUCCAUUGUGAUGAUGACUGCAGAAUAUCCCAAACUGCACCAACAAUUGAAUGCACAAAAUCUAUGACCGAGAAUCAAAUGAAUUCCAGUUGGGACAUCAUCAUUUAUAUGCCCAAAAAUGACUGCUUAAAAGAACCAGGUACAGCUGAGAAACAUCCAAUGAGAAAUCAAGGAGUGCACAACAUUGGUGCAGUUGGUUUAGCUGAUGACCUUAAAAUGCUUGAACAUGAGAAGAGGAAUCUGAUUGCUAAGGACACAGCUGCCUGCAAACUUCUUCUGGCAGAGGAAGGAGUAUGCCACAUUUGUGAUAAAAAUUUAACUGUUGAACAUGAAGCAAGCCAAAUAACUCCCAGCAUUCCCGAUAUCAGUGAAAACAAUGUCAGUGUAAACAAUAAUGGUGGGUGCUGCAAUGAAAUUGUACACAUGCCCAGAGAAGAGGCUUCCUCCAAGUCCAAAAGUAUUACGGAAGUUUCUUUCCCUGAAUGCACACCUGGUCGCAUUAAAGUUGAAAAGUCUGAGGAGAUCAGUGAAGGUUUGCAUGGUGAAGAGGGAUUGCGUUCCUUGGCAGGAAAUACCCCAAUACCUGUGUCCAGAAAAGAGGAUGCUCCUUGCGCCGGCAGUGUCAGAAGUGGCCCACAGAAUUUGCCCGACAUGAAUAUCACGGAAGGAAAUACACACCAAUCUGGAAUAUUGCCUGGUGACUUCAUGGAAGAGGAUGAGGAAAAUAGUGCACCCUAUAUGAAAGGAAAAAAUUUAAAAGCUGCGAAAGCUGAGAGGAUGGAUUCAGAUGAUGUAGACGGGCAGUUCUCUCCAAAAUUAAUCAGCUUGAACUUUACGUUAUCUUCCAAUGCUCAGUCCUGGACUAAGUUGCCUCAAACAUUGCCAUAUCGCCUUGGGAAAAAGAGACAUGGAAUGAGAGUGGUAACCCUCCAAGAUCCUUCUAUGAGGCAAUGGCCAGUUUUGUACCACGAAAGCCUCAAGUUUGUAGGCUUCCUUGGUGGCUGGAAAGAUUUUGCUGUAGCAAACAACCUUCAAGAAGGAAAUACGUGCGAACUCUUUGAAGUUGCCAGUGAAUGGGAGCCUACUUUUCGAGUGCAGAUAUCCAAAAUGUAGGGCGAAUUUUAAGUUUAUAACUCGAGUAACCACCUAUCAUGUUAGUCUGGAUUUAUCACCUUUCCACGUCAAAACCCAUGAUGGUUCUUUAUGAUAUCCUGAAAUAUUGAGGCCAAGCUGUAUGUAUACUUGUAAAUUUUGAUAGUAAUAUCUAUAUGGUUAUCUUGCCACAUGA